AUGAAGUCUUUAUUGCCAAUACAUACUCAAUGGAUAGGACUUCAGCAAUUCCAAUGGAGAUUUCAAUCAUCAGAGACAGAAGCAACUAAGCUGGGGGAAUCGUCACAAAAUGUGAGACAAAUAAUUCUAACGGAGGAUGACAGGAAACGCAUCUACAAUCCUUGGAGAUAUUCAGUCAUUAUAAAACUUAUGGGGAAGCGCCUAAUGCACCACUAUCUCAAACAAAAAGUACAAGACUUGUGGAAGCAUAAUGAAAACUUUUCAUUAAUUGACGUUGAAGAAGACUACUAUACUGUCAAGUUUGCAAAAGAAGAAAACAUGAUCAAGGUGCUUCAAAAUGGACCUUGCUUUAUAAAUGGCUUUUUCUUAUCAGUACAAAAAUGGGUGCCUAAUUUCGUAGCUAAGAAAGCACAACAAAGUUACACUGCAAUAUGGGUACGAUUACCACAACUUCCUACAGAAUUUUACGAUAAAAUUAUCCUAACAAGAAUUGGAAACAGUAUUGGAAAAUUACUUAAAGUAGACGUGUGUACGUCAGCCACACUAAGGGGAAGAUACGCAAGGCUGUGCCUGAAAUUGCCAUUGGAACAGCCAGUACAAAAUCAUAUACUGGUUGGACAUCACAAGCAAGCUAUCCUAUACGAGGAAGAAAAUAUACUCUGCAAAGCCUGCGGAAGGAUAGGGCAUACGUGCCAUAAUUGUUCCUACUCUAAUCAACCAAUCAAGCAAAAGGGAGAACAAAAACUAUUGAAGAUAUCUCAACCCGUGCAAGAAGAAGAUCAAGAGUGGCAGACGGGAAAACCAACCGAUGGCACCACAGGCAGAUCCAAUGGAAGAUCAAGCUCCACUACCAAACAUGCAAAACCAGGAAGGAAUGCACGAGGAAGAGGAGGAGGAGGACAUCAUGCCAUAGUUGGGGGAACCAUCAGUGGUAUUUUCAAGCCUAAGCGAGGUAAAAAUACUAAUAUUCAAGGAGAGGCUAGACAGAAAAUCUAUCUUCAGCUAUCCAGUGACACUCUUGAAGUGCUCACUGGACAUAAGACCUCCACAUGUCCCUACAGUGGGGAAGAAUGUGGUGAUAUUGGUUUCAUCCCUAAGGAGAAACCCCAACAACAACCUAAACAAUAA